AUGGAUGGCAAAAGGAGCAUUAAAAAGCGACUCACUGCGAAAAAGCCGACAGUACGAAGCGAGUCGCUGAGAAAUAACGACGUCGAGACGGGUGGUGUUACCAAUGCUUUGGCUGGUGUUAGUGGCCUAGUAGAAAUGAGACGUGGUCGUCGUCGAUCCUCGAGACGUCGCAGAUCGACAAGACGCAGGAGGCGGUCGCGGUCCGGUCGCCGUGGGGGCAGGAGACGGAGCGCUGGUAAUAGUACCGAAGAAGAAGACAGCUACGACACGAUCACAGACACCGAAGACGACGACGACGACGACGACGACGACGACGGAGAUGACGAAAACGAAAACGACUCGUCGAUGAUGAACGCGGCGUCUCGGAGGAGAUCGAGAAGGCGGAAGGGUAGUCGGCGACGUCGGCGUCGUCGGCGUCAACAUCAGACCAGUGGUAGCGACACCGAUGCUGAAACCGACGAAGAGAACACCGAAGACGCUUCGUCGUCCGGCAACCUCACGACUGCGGCCACCAAGCGUGGAAGUUCUUGUUCAGGCAUCAGUCGCCGUAGCAGGAGGAGGAAGAGGUCCUCGAGCAGACGGUCUAAGGGUUACAAUAAGAGCAGGAAGAGCAGAAAGAGGAGGAGAAGUAGUGCCUGYUAA